AUGGCGUUGCAGUCGGCCGUCACCGCGGAUCGAGGCGGGGGAACUCGGCCACGUUCGCAGCACGAUGCCGUCUACGGGGCCAAACGCCUGCUCCGUUGCGUGGCGGCUGGCGGCAAGGCAGAGGACGGCGCCCCCGAUGGCGCGCUCGAGACCUUCCUCAAGAUGGUAUCGCAGGCGAUCAGCGAUCCAUACCGGGCCAGACAGGCCGAAGCGCCCAGCGACCAUCGGCAUCCCGGGCUCGAUGCGUGUCAGGCUACCUUUAUCGAGCAGACUCGCUGCUGGCUCAUGCGGCCCUCGGCCCUUCCGCAGCUGCUCGAGCUCGACGCGGUCGCAUCGGACAUCCUCGCCCAAGCCUUCGACACCGCUGUCUUCGCGGCGGAGGAAGGUCCUUCUGUGCCCGCUGCGACGCCGCACGAGGUCACUAUCCUCAGCGGGACGAGGAUGCUGAUCGAGGGCUAUAUUGGCAUGCCGCGCGACGCCGCCACAGCCAAGGACGACGAAGGGUGGUGCUUGCAGACGGGCGCCGCCGUCCUCGACCAAGUCGCCUGCGUCCUUGCAAGCCUGCUCGAGCUGGCCAGCCCCAGCCAGAUUGCAUCAGGCAGUGACCCGCGCGAGCAUGGCUUGGAAAUGGUGCUCGGCCUGCUCGGCGCUGCGGCCAUCGUACUGGACUCGAGCUGCGAGAUGCUGUCACACCGCUCGGCCGCUGAGCUGCUCGAUCAGUUCAGCUACGGCUGCUUGCCGCUCGCGCUCGACCUCGCGGUUGCGAGCAACCUCGCGCGUGGCUCGGAGGUGCUCGACGUGCUCCGCUGCACGAUCGAGCGCAUAAUGCUGCGCGAGCUCGAGCUCGGCAUGGCGCUGGCAAGCACGGUGAUCGAAGCGAUCGCGUCGCAGUUGUUCGCAGCGGAUAACACCUCAAGCGACUGCCUCGAGGCUCCCGUAGAGGCCGAUGACGCUCGGCGGAACGACCUCAGCGCAGACCGCGAUGCGCGCCGCGAGGGCAUCGAUGGUGAAGCAAGGCGCCGGCUGCAGGGCCUGGUGGUGUCCGUCGUCGACGUCUUGGUCUGGGAGCUGCGCGAGAUCGCCCUAUGCGGCGAGGCGGCCCCUGCCAAUGCCGCCUUGCUCCAAGAGACGCUCGAACAGGUCCUGUCGUCGUGGUCCUCUCCAUGCGACGGCAUCGGGCCAUGCCGAGGCGUAGAGUGGCCGAGCCGCUCCUUGGGCGAUGCCUUUCUCGACCUGGACGAUGCGCUCGCGGCGCUGCGUGGGGCUUGA